AUGACGUCGACCACAAGCCUCAGAAUCAAAAUUCUGAUGAUUUUGGGGUUUGUGAUGUGGAAUUCUGAAGUGGCGGUGGCAGAUGAUAAGAUAUGUUAUCAGUGUGCAUCACCGAAUCUGCAGAAUAAUUGGGCAAUAACUGGUUUGCCGUUGAGACCAAGCACGCUGAAAUACGAUGAACUUUGUAAAGAGCUCGGAGAUCCUGCGAAAGAGUUAGUAACAAAAACUUGCUCUUCAUCUUGUUUCGAGCUUCUCCUUCCGGAAAACGGUGAAUAUGACGUAGUAAGAGGAUGUCAUUCUGACUUUGUUUGGGAUGAAUUCAAAGUAACAACCAAUCUCUCUUGUCACAUGACUCUUGUUAAAACAAUUGAAGGGAAAGACUUUUAUGCUGGAACGAAUUUCUGUCCACCAGUUGCCACAAUUCCAUGCAACAAACAAUUCAAAACAGACGACAUUCAGUCAGCAGUUGACAAUGAAAAUUGUCGAACAGACGACGUUCACACUUGUAAGAGUUGCAGUGAAUAUGAUGGGAGUGGUAGUUGCUCUCCAUCAACAACUGGAACUUGCAAAGGAGUUUAUUGUACGAAAACAGCUGGAACAUUGAAUGGCGGGACUUAUGAAUCUCGUGGAUGUGCUUCCUUCAAUCCAAUCGGAAGUAAUGUUUGUUCAUGGACAGAUCAGACAUAUAAUGUCUCAACUGGUGUGGAUAUGGCACUGUUCUCCCCAGCAGGAGCAAGAAAGAAAAGAGCAAUUGCAAUGCCUUUUCGAGCCAAUCAAUGUUAUUGUCAAGGCGAAUUGUGCAACUCGUCUCCUCGAUUCUCUACAUUCCUUCUCUCAUUAUUCACUGUUUCUUUUCUUGUUUUUUCUUAA